AGUAGCAGUAAACAAGCGCCUCUUGUACAGAGGGACAGUUUUGUUUUUCCUUUACACAUAAUUAGUUGCUGCAAAAGGAUGGUAAUUAGGACCCUGACUUGCACAGCACUGCAUUAAAGGCUCAGAAUUUGGCUAAGCAAAGCGCUGCCCAUCAACGUAGGGAUGCUGUGAGAUUGCAACGGAAACGUAUGUUUUGGUUGACUUAGAAAGAAAAAAAAUUGUGCAUAAUAUACAUUUGGUGCGCUGUUUUAAUCGCCGUUUCCAAUGGAUUGGACAACUUUGUAAACAUUUUCAUUGAAUUUAAUCGCCGGUUUGGCAGAUACCGUUAUGCAUCAUUUCAAGAAGAAGGGAGAAAAGUACGAGUUGAAUCCCGCCGACAAACAAAGAGAGACUUAUGGCUCUUGCAGGAAGGUCGGGGAAGAAGAGGACUACAUUCUAUCCCGGGAUGAACUGGAAGAAGAGACGGAGUCGCUGAGCAACGACUGCGGAAUCGUAAUGCCUCCGGUGCCCAAAUGUGACAAGUAUACAUAUUUCAGAGACGGAAAGAGAAAAAUAGAUUACGUCCUGGUGUAUGAAGAAAGCUCUGAUGAGCGGACACUGCCCAAAGGGUUCGCACAGAAAACGCACAAGCAUGAGGCAUGGCGGAAGAAGUUCAUGGCCAACCUCGUCAAAGCAGGCCUGCACAUGGAAGAGGAAACAGUGGAGAGUGAGACAAAUGUAAUUCAUUUCAUUAAAUUAUCGGCUCCGUGGCCUGUUCUAGUCCAUUACGCAGAACAACUAUGCAUGAGAGCUCCCCUUCAGGCACACCCCAAUCCUAGUCACAAUUGGUCGGAGCACAUUCUGAGGGCGAUGCAUAUUCCCAACCUGAUGCAUGAAGACGUCCCCAACAAGCCCCUCGACUACUACACAUGCGCUUUCAAGAAGUCCAAGCUCGACAAGUUCCUCGGCAGCGACAACCAGGACGAGUAUUUCAGCCGGACGCAGCGCAUACGCAUUGUGCACGCGAUUCUACAGACGGCCGCCUAUGGGAAGAGAAGGAGGGCCCAGAUAGGCAUCGACAGGUUGGUCGAAGAAGGGGCCUACGCCGCCGCCUUUCCCCUUCACGACGGUCCCUACCAACUGCCCCACCGACCCGUGGCUCCAGAAAAUCUUAAUAAAAGACAGAUUCUUUACCACUAUUGGGCGCGGUGGGGAAAGUGGUACAAAUAUCAACCUCUCGACCACAUCAGAGAAUAUUUUGGUGAGAAAAUUGGAAUCUACUUUGCCUGGCUAGGUUUCUAUACUGGCUGGCUAUUUCCUGCAGCUGUCGUAGGCCUGGCUGUUUUUCUUUACGGUGUCUUGACUAUGCACAACGACACGCCGUCGAACGAGGUGUGCAACAGCGAGAAGACCUUCCUAAUGUGCCCAAGAUGCGAAGAGAACUAUGGGUGUGCGUACUGGUAUCUCAGCGACAUUUGUCUCUUCAGUAAGUUGUCCUACCUUUUUGACCACCCUGGAACCGUCUUCUAUGCUGUAUUCGUCUCUUUCUGGGCUGUGUCUUUCCUUGAAUACUGGAAGAGGAAGAGUGCCAGCUUGGCCCACCACUGGGAUUGCAUGGAUUUUGAGGAGGAAGAGGAGAGACCUCGCCCGGAAUUCGCCGCCAAAGCGCCUUGCGUGGAGAGGAAUCCCAUCACCGGUAUUAAGGAACCUUCCUUCCCGAAAUCCGUCAGGAUGAAGAGGAUAGCGGUGGGAUCAGGAGCAGUACUCGUCAUGAUGGCGCUAGUGAUGAUCUUUAUAGUCGCCGUGAUUCUAUAUCGGGUACUGGUCAGCAUAUUUCUGUUCAGGACAGACACUUUCAGGGGCGCCGCCUCCCUCAUCGCCAGCUCCACCGGGGCGGUGGUCAAUCUUCUGCUCAUCAUGGCCUUGGGCAGGGUCUACGAGAAGCUAGCCCUCAAACUCACGCAGUGGGAGAUGCACCGGACGCAGACGGACUUCGACGACAAUUUGACAUUCAAAGUAUUCAUCUUUCAGUUCAUCAAUUUCUACUCUUCCAUUUUCUACAUUGCCUUCUUCAAAGGGAGAUUCGUGGGUUAUCCUGGUCAUUAUAAGAAAAUGCUUGGGCUCAGAAAUGAAGAAUGUGGCAACAGCGGCUGCUUGAUGGAACUAGCUCAACAACUGGCCAUCAUUAUGAUCGGUAAACAGAUCAUCAAUAAUGCCCAGGAAAUACUCGUUCCGAAGAUGAAGGCAUGGUUUCAUAGGAAGAGAACCAAGCUCAAUUCUGCGGUGAAACUCACUCGCUGGGAGGAGGACUAUCAGCUCAUUGAAAACGAGGGCCUCUUCCAAGAGUACCUCGAGAUGGUGCUUCAGUUUGGCUUCAUCACAAUCUUCGUGGCCGCAUUCCCUCUAGCGCCCCUGUUCGCCCUGCUCAACAACUGGGUGGAGAUCCGUCUGGACGCCCAGAAAUUCGUCUGCGAGACGCGGAGGGUGGUCGCCGAGAGAGCUCAGAACAUAGGCAUCUGGUUCAGCAUCCUAGAACUACUGGCUCAUUUAGCCGUCAUCAGUAAUGCAUUUCUGAUUGCCUUCACAUCAGAGUUCCUUCCGAAAUUGCUAUAUGAAUACGAGUACAGCUGGGAGCUAAAAGGAUACGUGAACUUCACGCUAGCCUGGGCACCCAACGGAACCCUUACACAGCCUUGCAGGUACUCAGAUUUUCGAGACAAAGAUGGCAACUUGACCAAUUUUUACUGGAGGCUUUUAGCGCUACGCUUUGGUUUCGUCAUUCUUUUUGAACACGUCGUGUUCACCGUGUGUCGUCUGAUAGACAUGCUGGUGCCGGACAUUCCAGAAGCUUUGGAGCUCAAAAUCAAACGAGAAAGAUACUUGGCUAAACAAGCACUCGCCGAUUCUGACACCAUCAUGAAGGUAGCACAAAGGAGAGAUGAAGAAGACGAGGAAGACGACGACGAAAGAAAGGAGUCUGUCCCUUACGACGACCCUGGUCAGAGGACCUGAAACCAACUUCUCCCAUACCCUCCGGAGCUGCCCGAGAGUCACCCUCCCAUGAAGGCAGGUGGCUGUGUUCAACCCCUGUGAUAACACACACCUCUUGAUCUCUCUGUUCCAUUUUCUGGAUGUAUUCUGACUCUUUUAAGGCCCGCUUCUGUCUUUUCAAGAGGUCACACGCUUUUUGCCUUACCCUUACUCUCGAGUUUUUAAGACCAAUGAAAUGCAAUCUUACUGUUCAUGAGACCACAGUUGUUGCCAGGUCCUCUGAGGGAGGUCCAGCCACUUACUUCACUGUGCAAAAAUGCAAUAUGCUCAGAGAUGAUUAUAGUGAUAAUCUGUUGCAAAUUUUUAAAAUCUAUUUUUAAUCCCUCUUUGCUUCUCAUGAAUUCGAUAUAUACUAAAAAUACAAUAAAAAAAGUUGGGUAGCUCAUAACAGAAUCGAUUAUACUUAGAAUAUGUUCAUUAUAAUUUAAUCGUUUAAAAAUAUGCUAAUAUUAUUAUUUUCUUAUUUAUUUCUAAUUAAUUUUUUCUAAUGUCUGACAUUCUAAUGACAGCAUUAUGCACUUUUACUUUGCAUGAGAAUCAAGCUUCAGAUCGUCUAAUGAAAAAUAUAAAUCUAAAAAUAUCUGAAAGUAGUCCAUGGAGAAGCUGGCAAAAUUAUAAUUAAAUAUCUUGCAAUUUAGUUAAAUUGAGGAGAAAUAUUUAACAGAGGGACCAGUUAAUAAAAACUGAAAUUAACUGAUGUUUAAUAUUCUUGACGUUUUGUAAUAGUUAUACCAUUUUAGAUUUACGACUAACUAUUACUAUUAUUUUUUCACUUAUUUCUGAUUAUUUUCCUAAUCUAUUAUAGCAGCAAUAAUAUAUUUUUAUAUUUAACAAUCUAUUAAUAUUAUUACUUAUUACUAAUAUAUUUUUA